AUCUCUCAGCUCGUCGCCAGUGCUAAACCGGAAGUACAUACACUGCGAAGAAUUUUUUUUAUCGUUUUCGUUCUGCUCCUCAUUUCGCAUCGCUAUCCUGGGAAGAGUGUAUACACAUUGUUAAGUUCAAAAGACAUUAGUGAAUUUAAAAAAUAAACCUCUACACUUCCGUGCCAUUGGAUUAAGAGACAUCUCAAGGAAAUGCUGCAUAUAUUCCAGCAAGAAAUUCCAGCAAGCUGAGAGACUGCUUCUGAUGCUGAGGAUGAAAUUUAUCUUCUGAAGCAAUGAGUCAGUUUGAGUCUAACACUGUCAUGGAACGACCUCCAUCUCCAGCACGACUGGCCUACACAUCUGACAAGCAUCCUCGUCACACAUUGGAAGCUAUUAACGUGCUGAGAAAACAUCGUGAAUUGUGUGAUGUGGUGCUCAUUGUGGGACAGAAGAAAAUUUUUGCCCAUCGUGUUAUAUUGUCAGCAUGUAGCCCAUACUUCCGUGCCAUGUUCACUGGAGAGCUGGCAGAGAGUCGGCAGACAGAAGUGACGAUACGAGACAUUGAUGAAACAGCAAUGGAACUGUUGAUAGACUUCUGCUACACCUCAAACAUCACUGUGGAAGAGAGUAAUGUUCAGACUUUAUUACCGGCAGCAUGUUUACUGCACCUGGCCGAAAUUCAGGAUGUCUGCUGCGAGUUUCUCAAGCGGCAACUUGACCCUUCUAACUGUCUUGGGAUUCGUGCGUUUGCUGACACACAUGCUUGCAGGGACCUGCUUCGUAUUGCAGACAAGUUCACACAACACAAUUUUCAGGAGGUGAUGGAGAGCGAAGAAUUUAUGUUGCUACCUGUAAACCAGCUUGUUGACAUCAUAUCAAGUGAUGAGCUGAACGUACGCAUUGAGGAGCAGGUGUACCAGGCUGUGAUGUCUUGGAUUAGGUACAACAUCCAAGAACGCAGGCAACACUUGCCCACGGUGUUGCAACAUGUUCGUUUGCCCUUGACAAGUGCAAAGUUUCUGGUGGGCACAGUUGGAGCAGAUCUGCUCAUCAAGAGUGAUGAGGCAUGUCGAGAUUUGUUAGAUGAAGCAAAGAAUUAUCUUCUCCUGCCUCAGGAACGACCUCUCAUGCAGGGUCCCCGUACACGCCCUCGAAAGCCCAUCAAAUGUGGGGAGGUUUUGUUUGCAGUUGGAGGGUGGUGCAGUGGCGAUGCCAUUUCAAGUGUGGAGAAGUAUGAUCCUCAGACAAAUGAAUGGCGCCUUGUUGCUCCAAUGAGCAAGCGGCGUUGUGGUGUGGGAGUGGCUGUCCUGAACGACUUGCUGUAUGCUGUUGGUGGUCAUGAUGGGCAGUCAUAUCUUAACAGCAUAGAAAGAUAUGAUCCACAUACAAAUCAAUGGAGCAGUGAGGUCGCUCCCACCAGUUCUUGUCGUACCAGUGUUGGCGUGGCAGUGCUUGGAGAUUUUCUGUAUGCUGUGGGAGGUCAAGACGGCGUUUCCUGUCUCAACUAUGUGGAGAGGUAUGAUCCGCAGAGUAACAAAUGGCAGAAGGUGGCAUCCAUGAGCACAAGGCGACUAGGCGUUGGCGUGGCUGUCUUACAAGGUUAUCUCUAUGCAGUUGGUGGCAGUGAUGGGACUUGUCCUCUUAACACAGUUGAAAGGUUUGACCCUAGAAACAACAGAUGGUUACCUGUGGCCUCCAUGAUAACCCGACGGAAGCACCUUGGCGUGGCAGUGUUUAACAACAUGAUUUAUGCUGUCGGAGGUCGUGAUGAUACCACUGAGCUGAGCAGUGCUGAGCGUUACAACCCACAGACCAACUCGUGGCAACCAGUCGUUGCCAUGACAUCGAGAAGAAGUGGGGUGGGACUUGCAGUGGUGAAUGGCCAGUUGAUGGCAAUUGGAGGAUUUGAUGGCACCACAUACUUGAAGACUGUGGAGAUAUACGAUCCCGAUUCCAACAGCUGGCGCAUUGUGGGUGGCAUGAACUACCGUCGUUUGGGAGGGGGUGUGGGUGUUAUCAAAAUGCCCCAGAAUGAUUCCCACCUUUGGUGAUACCGACAUGGUAUUUGGGGACGGGGGAUUUGUGUUGGUGGGAGUCAGAAUGCACAGGACGCAGGGACACAACAUUGACAUCCAGGGAUUUCCCCUUUGUAUAACUGUUUACUUGAUCAACAGACACUCAAGGUGAGACUUGUAUGGAUGUGACAGUAUGUUUGUCCUUUUAAUCCUUUUUCUUGUUGAAUAGGCAUGCACUUUCAUAGUGAAUGUCAAGGCCAUCUUAGAUACCCAUUUGUUUUGCCAUAUUUGUUUUGUGUUUUUAUUUUUGGGUGGGUGGGGGGUUGCCUUUUUUGGUUGCCAUCCAUCUGUACAGCUGACAUUUCUGAUCAACAGCAGAUCUGAUGUUUUGCAAUAACAUAAUAAUAAUGAAUUAAUAGAUUGUGGGAUGGUUAUUGGGUUCAACAGCUUAAAGCAUUUGUAAUCACAACAGCGAGAAUUAGGUGUCAUGGGUGUCAUCUCAACUCCGACAUGCCUCUCUCUCUGGACAUGACGCUUGACUGUUGGUGGUUUUGCCAGGGGUGUGUGUUUGUGUGUGCUUGUGCGCGCACGUGUGUUUUAGGUGCAUGUUCAUGAAAGCACAUUUAAUGCCUACCCUAAAAUAUGUUUUUGUCCCUGUAUGCUGGUGCCAGGCAAGGUGCUGUAUAAAUGCACUGUAUUAUUAUUUACCUAUACAUCUGUGACCCAUAAUUUCCUUUUUUGGGGUGGGGGGAAUGUUCUUUAGUAUGACGGAGCUCUCAUUAUGAGCAUUAUUUUGUUAAAGCUGACAAAGUCUAUUGAUGAACUUGCUGUACAUUCUCCUGCCUCUUCUGUGUAAUUGUCCUCUUUACAAUCAAUAAAAAUGUUCAUCUUCCAUGCCGCAGUGAUGUGACCAAAGCAGAGCUGUUCAAUUUUUUUUUUUUAAUUGAUAAAAUUUAGAAAAUGUCAUGAUAGGGUGGGUGAAGCAAACAGGCUUGUUAGUCAUUAUCUUAAGUUUUAGAGUUAGAAAGAUCUGAAAUUAUCAUAUCCUUAAAGAUUUUCUGCACAAUCAGAUUUUUAUUUGCAUGUCCUAACAUGGGUUAAAAAAAUUGCUUACUGCUUUUCCAUCAAUUUGCUAUUUUUUUGCACUUGUGAGGAACUUGUAAGCACUCUCUUCUGGGCUUUGUUUUGCUUCUUGAAAUUUGCAAGCCAGCCUGCUUCAAUAUGUUUUGAUUUGUCUGUGUUUGUCCUUGAAAGAGAUGCUAAAGUUGCCAGUUUGUAAGAUAGUUUUUGCUACACUAGGUCUGACUAUGGAGAAACAUAAUCUAUGUCAUUUUUAUUUAUAUUUUCACAGGCUUGUAAAAUCGGAGGAUCAUACCACAUCAUAUAAGUUGCAUUUAUUGUUCUUUAAAACAUAAGCACUACAGCCAUGAAAGCAUUUGCUAAUUACCAACUUUUCUGUGCAUGGUAUCCUGGCAUCAGUUUCAAACUUUUUUAAAUAGUGAAAAUGCUGGUAGAAAAGCAACAUAUUUAGGGAACAGCUCUGACAUAGUAUUAAUUAUUGCUUAGAAAAUGUGGUUGCUACAACAUUUGACAUAGAAAAAAAUCAAUAGAAGCAUGUUGGGAGACUUGAUGUUUAAUAAUUUAUUUCACACACGUUAAGCAGAUUGGUUAACAUGCAUGUGGGAUAAAUGUUCCGCUGGGACAUUGGCUGCCAAAACAGUAGAGAUAUGAAUCCUUCAACACAUGGGUUUAGACAGGAGUUGUCAUAGGGUUUUGUCCUUUUUUGGGGAUCACACCUUGUACAAGUCAUUGCAUAGACAUGAAUGGAUUCAAUGUCUCAGGUGGGUUUUAAUAUAUUGUGUACAAAAGAGAUUCCCUAGAAUAUUAUAUUUAGUGUAAAUGUUAUGAGGUGGUUUGUCUGUCCUUCCCCAAAAAUGCCUAUUAAAUUUUGUCUUGCCUCUUUAUUUUUUUGUAACUACAAUCUAAUUUUUUAUGUUUUGUACAGACUUUAAAAAAGAUGCAGUUUCAACUUUAAAAAAAUCUAGCUUAAGACCUUUGGGUUAAAUAAAAAUCUUAUCAUUGGAUGCAAUGGUAACAAAUGUCUUUCAUGUAUUCUUGCGCCACAGAAAUGCUCUUUGCUAUGCUGUGGAAUUGUAAAGUAUAAAAGAAACCUUUGAAGAAAAAUUGAAACAACAACCGA